CGAGAGGGAGGGAACCUCUGGAGGUGUUUUGGUCCAGUCGACUCGACCUCAGUCACGAAAAUGACAGCGAAGAAGUCUGGCUCACGACUGGAGACUGAGAUAGAGCGGUGCCGUUCAGAAGGACAAUGGGACAAGAUACCCGAGUUGGUGCGACAGCUCUCGGCCAAAUUAAUAUCAAACGAUGACUUGGGUGAACUGUUGUUGGGGGAAUGCAAGCUCCAGACGUACCUGAAGGAGAAUCCCAUCAAACAGGGUGCGAGUCCCAGAGGCCCACGGCCCAAACUGGUGGAGGUCAAGAAACACCUCACUGCUGCUUUGGACAGAGGAAACCUCAAGGCUGAUUACCUCCAGGAAGCUAGUCUAUUGAUGGCCAAACUCUGUUAUGUGGAGGGAGAAUACCGAGAUGCUUUAGGUCACUACAGCCGGGUGAACCUGGAUGACAUGCAGCUGGUGGGAGCUCCUGUGUACAGGUUGUCCAUGAUAGCAGAGGCUUAUGCCACAAAAGGUUUGUGUCUUGAGAAGGUCCCAGCUGCUUCUCCAUCUCUGUCAAAUAAGAACAGCGGGUCACCUUCGUCCAAUAGGAGCACAACAGAGCGGGAACAGGAAAUAAUCACCUGCUAUGAAAAGUCUGGAGACAUCGCCCUGCUCUACCUGCAAGAAGCAGAGAAGGCAUUAUCAGCAGGGAUUCAGAACCGCAGCCCAAAGCCUGGACCAACAGCCCAGGACCAGGAACUGGGCUACUUCCUGGAAACAGGCCUGCAAAGAGCUCACGUCAUCCAUUUCAAGAAUGGCAACCUGACUCAAGGCGUAGGCAGGUUUCGAGAGAUUCUUCGGGCUGUUGAGACCAGAACUACCCAGAACCUGCGCAUGACCAUCGCCAGACAGCUUGCAGAGAUCUUGCUCAGGGGAAUGUGUGAACAGAGUUACUGGUCUCCAGUGGAAGAUCCACCCACAGUGUCACCACUGGACGAUCAUACACGGCAAGGACACACUCACAGCAAAAACUACAGCCUGAGUCGACGUCCUCGAAUGUACUCAGGAGAGAAUUUGUUUUGCCCUCAGGAGAACACAGAGGAAGCUUUGCUGCUGCUUCUAAUCAGUGAAUCCAUGGCCAAUCGAGAUGCUGUCUUGAGCAGAAUUCCUGAACACAACAAUGAUCGGAUCAUCAGCCUACAGUCCGCCUCUGUGGUGUACGACCUCCUGACUAUAGCUCUGGGCAGGAGAGGGCAGUAUGAGAUGUUGUCAGAGUGUUUGGAGAGAGCCAUGAAGUUUGCCUUCGAGGAGUUUCACUUGUGGUACCAACUCGCCUUGUCACUAAUGGCAGCUGGUAAAUCAGCUCGUGCUGUUAAAGUCCUAAAGGAGUGCAUUCGCCUGAAGCCCGAUGACCCCACCAUCCCACUGCUGGCUGUGAAACUGUGCAUUGGACCUCUGCACUGGUUGGAUGAAGGGGAGAGCUUCGGGAAGAUGGUGGUUGACAUGGGAGAGAAAGCGUCUGAAUUCAGAGCCAAAGGUUACUUGGCUAUUGGACUGGUUUACAGCCUCAAAGCUACUGAUGCAUCAUUGCGAAGCACUCAAGAGGACUAUCAGAGGAAGGCUUUGGGAGCUUUUCAAAGAGCUCAGAGUCUGUCCCCCACUGACCAUCUUGCAGCUUUCUACUUGGCUCUGCAGCUAGCUGUUUCCAGACAGAUCCCUGAGGCGUUAGGCUAUGUUCGUCAGGCGUUGCAGCUUCAAGGAGACGAUGUCCACUCCCUCCACCUGCUGGCUCUACUUCUCUCUGCCCAGAAACACUACCACGAUGCCCUGAAUAUUAUAGAAAUGGCCCUAUCUGAGUACCCUGAGAACUUUAAUCUGCUGUAUACCAAAGUGAAGCUGGAGGCAAUGUGUAGAGGACCAGAGGAAGCUCUGCUCACCUGUAAACACAUGCUGCAGAUCUGGAAGAGCUUUUACAACCUUACAAACCCCAGUGAUUCAGGGCGUGGCAGCAGCUUGUUGGACCGAGCUAUAGCCGACAGACGGCAGCUCAACGCCAUGACUCUGCCGGAUUUCAGUGACCCUGAGACUGUAUCAGGUUCCUCUUCUUCCCUCUCUGGUUUUGAACCAGUUUCCCCAACCUCCCCAUCCACAAUAUCCACCCUCUCCUCCCCAUUGUCCUCCCCUUCAUCUCCUCUCUUCAGUUUCCAGCCUGCUCCUCUUCUUCCUCCAGCCAAAAACCCAUCCACCCCCCUUCCUCUGCCUCCCCCUUCCCUUCCUCUUUCCCCUCCUCCUCCUCCUUUUCCCACCAAGACCAGGACUCGUCCCUUUUGCAACCACGCCGUUCUGCGUCAGCUCUCCUCCAACUGUAACCUGCCUCCAUGUGCACUCUGCCUGUAGCAUGGUGUGGAGAGUGAUCUUAUAGAAAGAAAGGCUUGUUGGUAGAUUUGCAUGUUUAGUCAUUUUUAGCCCUUUUUUCUACUAAUUCAUGCUUAUCAGAGGUACAUAUUAAUGUAUGCCAAAAACAAGAAUAUUAAAACUAAGCCUGCUAAACGCAUUGUGAUGUUAACUUGUUGAUGCCCUUCAUUAUAGUAUAAAAUAGGUUCAUUGUGCAUAAUGUGGUCCAUUUUGACUUCUUUAUUCAAUUAGAAAAGUUACUUUUCUCAUUAUUAGGAGUUUGAGUUGUCUCCGAUUUUGAAGUUUAAUGCAGGAUUGAUGCUUUUAUGCACUUCAACUGCACAUGGACAGUGGGUGGGGGCUAUCACUCCUCCUCAAGCAGCCUCAGUUCUUUUAUUAAAGUUUCCACAAGAUGUUGAAAACAUUUGAUAAGCAUGUACAUUCAUGAUGAGGCUCUUAUCACUUCACAUGUCCUGUACAGCAAAAAACUGCCAGGUCUAGUCUUUUUGAUUUUGUUGCCCUGCAGUAAUAGUUUGUAUUUAAGCAGGAAAACCGAUAAAAAAAAAUGUUCAAUGGGAAACCUAACUAUUGUGACUUGUUUGCCUUUGGUAAUAGAGAUGCAACAUUUGAUAAAGGAUCAGCUUGUGUUUAUUUUUCAGUAUUGGGGAAAAAACAAAGUCUGUCAUUGUUUGCAUCACAAUGACUCAUGAAGUCCGAAUGACUCCAGUGUCUGCAUUUUGUCUGUGCAAAGAAUAUAAGUAUUUUUAACAACAUAUACACAUAUAGGAGGGUAAUUGGAAGAUAUUCAAGCCUAUAAGUAUUAUUAGUCUGGCCAUUUUUAGGCUCCCCUACAGUUACCACCAUCUUAAAAACAAAUCUGGUUAUAGAAGUAGUUCCUAUUUUAAAAUACUUGCAAAUUUGCCACCAGAAGUCUCCAAAAAAAAGGCAAGUAACAUGGAACCCUAAAGCAAAAUGUUUAUGGCUUGUAGUUUCUUAGCCCUUGUGCGCUCCCGAGCAGUUUCAGGCCACAUACUGUGCAUAAUGAAUGUUGGCGUGCCAUCAAAACUAGUCAGAAGCCUGUAGUUUAAAGGUUCUCCCACUUUUACUGCUGCUUUAAGAUAAAGCCAAAAUCUUAAAAGUGCAGCACUGUUCCAUUUUUAGAUAUGAAAUCUCUGUUCUGAGGAGAUACCACUGAUUAUUUUCUAAAAACAGAACAGCCUUCUCUUCAGUUAACUGGUAAAUUGUUGUGGAUUAUAAAUUUGAUUUACUAGUAUAAGCCCAGCAAGUCUGAUCAAGUAGUUUAAAUGGCACUGACCCUUCGAGUGCAUCAGAUGUGUCUCAUAGUUACAAAUAUUUCCAACAGAUGUUGCAAUGUAAGCAUGUUUAUAGCUAUUUUGGUGUGGAUUUGAGUUGGUAUAUUUGUGAUUGACCCAAAACACAGAAAAAUUGAUGUAGCUAGGAUUUAAACAUCACCUGGGUCCAUGUUUUUAAUCUUCUUCUUCGUAACUAUUUAUUUCUGUGUGUUUUUGUCAUUUCAAUAAUUAAUCUCCACCCCCACCUCACCUCCAAAUUAUAACGUCAUGUUUUCAUGUUGACACUAACUGAGCUGACCUGAGAGCAGGGAUAUUAUUCAAAACAGCAUAUUUGUGUCAUCGUAUUGGUAUUCUAAGAAAAGUUCAAACUGUGUGUGUGUGUGAAAAACAGGCUGAAAUGCUAAUUAAAUGUAAUAAUCUUUGAAAUUGGCUCAUUUUUUUCAAAGUAACAAACAAAUAGCCCUCACAGGAAAACGGAGAAAGUCUAAGUUGAUUAAAGUUUAUGGCUAAUAUUACCAGUAAAUAUGCUACUUAGAAAGUAUUUAUUUGAACAAAUAAAAAAUGUUAAUAGGGCAGCUGGUCCCUUGUCAUGUGGCCUGUCAAGAAUGGAAACCUUGUGCUCCACAGUCUACUUCUUGAGAACCAGUUUUCUUUUCUAUUUGA